AUGACAUCCAGCCCCCGGUUGAACUCUUGGAUCGCAGAGGGUGCCAUGGACCAUAACUGCAUCCUCCACCGAGUAGGCGAGAGGAUGACGGAUUUUGGAAAUGCAAAUGAUGAGGAAUUUGCUCAGCUCAAUCAGAAUUUCCAGUUAUUCGGCGCAAUUGACGACGGGACACCGCGUCUUGGCCAAACGGCCUUUUUGUCUUUCCUUCACAGCCACGGAGCGCUUCCUUCAUCUCUUACAGAAGCAGGAUCCAUCCUGUACAACAUCUUGCAGUACCUCUCACAAGCUCCCUUUUCUCAUCGACAGCCACUGCCAGAAACUUUGACAGCUGAGGAGUUCCUUCGAGCUCUGACGUGGACCCACUAUGAGAAAGCCUGCUGGGUCAACCGCGAGGGGAACUACUGCCGGGGGCGCACUCCAGCUGAUCAUCGUCGAUUGCUUUUCCAGAGUCUCGCAACAUAUCGUGACAGCAGAAACACCCCCCUGGAUGUGAAAAAGUGGCGACAUCAGGCGGAGCGCAGAGCAUUUGAGCUCCCAGAUUCCCGUCACGCAGGGAUUAAUUGUGAUGAGGAUGGGGAUGAAAUGUACCAUGAUGUCUUGGAUGUGGUCUUCUCAACUCAGCCAAUAGUCAGCGAGGCCUUAGCACCGGUUGAACGGGAUGAGUUUCGAUCCAUCGCCAAGGAGCUGCAUGGGAACGAUAUUCGUCUUCAUGAGCUUAUGAUUCCUCCUGGCAGACUUCAUGCCUUGGUCAAAUUGCUUCUUGUCGCUCGGUUUGGGCACUGUGGUAUGCUUCCAGACGAGCAGCUCCCGGGGCUUGACUGUGUUGCAGGCUCUAUUGUGAAAUCAUUUCAUCGCAUUACAGAUUCAGGAAUCACUUGGCCAAUGUUUGAUGAAGCUGCCAGAACAGUACCAUUGCUUUUCGACACCCUUUAUACUAUAUCAUCCAACCUUUUGGGACAGCCGGAAACUUUUGCCGACCUUGAACAGGUCAUCCCUGAGUCAGGAAAGAUUCUUACAUUUCCCAAGCUAGCCAAAUUGGCUUCUGUGCUCGACUGCAAUUUUGCCUGGGACGACCUUCGUCCCUUUUGCCAAUACGACCCUGCCGACAACGCCAAUACAGCCUCAAGCCUUGCCGCAGCCAUUGGUACCUCAGAAGGUCCAAUUCUUCUUCUUGUAUCUGGCAAGAUCUCACACGAAAGUGCAACCCAAAAUGCUGUAUUUGGGGCUUUUAUUGCUAAUACUACCUACGACGGCACUGAAAUUCAGCCGAAGCCCCAGAUAGACCAGGAUAGUACUCUACUGUUUCAGCUGAGCCCCGUCCAUGACAUCUUCCGAGGCAAUGUCGGAUGGGCCGGUUGGUCGGUGGUCAGAGAAGAACUUUGCUUUGGGGAGAGAGACGGCGGCGUAGCAUUGGUGUUUGCGAAGGACCUGAAGGGAGCGACAGUGGUGCACAGGCUAGAUGGGGAAGAUAAGGCUGUUUACAAACCAAGCAAAUGGCGGGGCACUUGGAGUACACAGGUCGAAGUCAAGGCCAUUGAGAUUUGGAAUCAUCCAUACUGA